AAACCGCUGUCCAGCUAUAAUUCUAAAUGUUACAGUUAACAGUUAUAUAUUGUUGUUUUGUAUCUGCUGGAAAAUUGUCUAUCGUAGAAUUUAUAACAGCAAGAUCUAACAAUACAUGCAAAAAAUAUAGAUGUCAUAAUCAAAUCACAUGUCAUUUUUAUAAGAAGUGUAAGUGACAAUAUUUAAUUGGGCUGGGAGAUUUUCUUGCUAAAUUUGACAGAUUGUUCAGACAUGAAUUCUGUCAUCUAUAUUGAUUAGAUACAAAACAUGCGAUAUCGCAGUGCUUGCUUUUUUUAUUUAUCUAUUUUUUUUGUAUCUAGAUAAUUUUCGCUAUGACUUCGCAAGAAGUCUUUUUUUCAGUGUAAAAUAUUGCGCUGUUUUUAUCAAAUUAAUUUAUGCGCAUCAGAUUGAAGAUACUCCAUUAGAAUAACUAUCCGCGUCUCCCGUCUCGACAGUGUUAUCGAUGUGUAAAGGGGGCGCACCGAGGGGAGGUAAGGAAAAUUUCUUCCUCGGCUUUUCCGACGCCAAGCUCAAUGAAAAUCGAAAGGUUCCACACGUUAAACCGAGCGUGCACGCUGCGGAUGCGCAGGAUACGCGCAAGGUCGCGGACACACGUAAUCUCGCGCUGCACGCUUCCGUUAAAAGACGAAAAUUAGCUGGGGGUUUAACCGGCGACUUAACGACGAAGAGCCUCAAUCAGUAAACGAAGGAUAUAGCAUUAACCCUCCGUCAAGCACGCCCACAUCCCGUCGUCGCGGCAUUAUAAAAAGCGCGAUCGGCGCGGAUGAUACAUUUCGCAGUGGAAACGUGACAUAUCGAGGUGGACAGACGAACGGAGCGAGCAAACAUACGACGAUGCACGUGCCGGUGAUCCUCGGUGUAGUGUUGCUUCAGGCGAUUUACGUGUCCGCCGGGCCACCUGACUGGGUACCCCCGGAAAUGUUGGAGAUGGUUCAAGCUGACAAGGAGCGGUGCAUGGCCGAACACGGAACGUCUCAAGCGCUCAUCGACGAGGUUAACGAUGGGAAACUCACGAAUGACCGGAGUAUAACGUGUUACAUGAAUUGCCUCCUCGACGCCUUCAGCUUGGUCGACGAAGAAGGUAAUCUGGAAGCUGAAAUGCUGAUAAGCGUUAUCCCGGCGGAAUUUCAGGAGAUUGGUAACAAGAUUCUGAAUAAAUGCGCUAAACAAGACGGCGCGGAUGCAUGCGAGAAGAUAUACGAAGUGGCGAAGUGCGUCCAGGCGACAGUACCAGAGCUGUGGUUUAUGGUUUAAUCCGACGCAAAAGGAAAAGAAUUUGCUCCACGUGCGACGUCAUGUUCUCCAACAAAAUCCGCGCGUACAACAUUGCGAUGUGGCGAUACAACUCGCUAAUGGAGGAAGAUGAGGAACAAAGAAGUAGAAUUAGAGAUAUGAAUUAUGUAAAUUUUUAAAAUGUGAAUUUGUGUAAUAAUAAUAAUAAUAGUAGAUAAUUAUAAGUACGCCAUGCGGUCUAACAUGAAUAAAAUUUGUAGAAAAUGUUGAUGUUGAUGAAAUUAAAAUAUUGGCUAAACUAUUAUAUAAAUAUACAUUGAACUAUCCGGACACGAUAGCGAAUCGAAAGGAAGAUAUUAAAAUGAGGUAUCGAUGCAUAAUCACGAGCUACUUAUAAGUCGAUGUUUAAUUAAACAAUUUUUUAUAA